AUGGGUGUUGCUGCACACUUCAUCAUCAAGGGGAAAGGCCCCAAAGUACGUCUGAUUGCUAUGAAGAAGCAAAUUGGUGCUCAUGAUGGUGUCAACCUUGCAAACACUCUUGAGGAGAUCAUCAGAGACUGGGGCAUCACAAAUCAAGUGAAGACUUUGAUCUCUGAUAACGCAAGCUCAAAUGACACUUUUAUAGCAAGUCUGAUCCCUCGACUUGACCCCUCUGUCAAGAAGAAGCAAGAUAUCCAGGCCAGAAGGAUUCGUUGCUUUGGACACAUCCUCAACCUUGUGUCGAAGGCCUUCUCGUUUGGCAAGGACUCUGAGAGCUUUGAGAGACAGUCAGAUGCAUAUGUUCUUCUACAGCAAGAUGAGGCUGACCUCAAGCAUUGGCGUAAGGCUGGCCCUAUUGGCAAGCUUCACAACAUCGUGAAUUUCAUUAGAGCUUCGCCGCAACGUACACAGAGGUUCAAGAUCCUAUCUCACAUCUAA